AUGCCUAAAAAUUUCAUACUCACUCUUUCUUUCGGAUUUCAUUUUUACACCCUCUCUUUCUUUCGUAUCUUUCUCAUCCUUCACACUUUUGUUCUUCUCUCUCAUUUUCCCGUCUCUCUGGUUUUUCUAUUUCUCUCUUUAUUCCGUUCUCUCUUUUCUUCAAACUCUUUCUUUCUAUGCUUUUACUCCCCUCUUUCUCUCUCAUUCACAUCUCUCUCUUUUUUUUUCAUCUCUCUCACUCCCCCUCUUAAUUUUCUUAAUCUCUCUAACAUUUCUUUGUCUCACUCUUCCUCCUUUCUCUAUUCAUUCUUUAUUUUAGAUUUCUCUUUUCUUCUCACUCUUUCUUUUCUCCUCUUUCUUUCAUCACCUUUUCCUACUCUAUCUUCCUUUCUUUCUUUCUUUCGUAUCUCUCCCCCUUUACUCCCUCUUCUUCUUUCGUGUCUCUCUCCUGUUUACUCCCUCUCUUUCUUUCGUAUCUCUCUCUUUUCUACCUUUAUUCUUUGUUCGUCUUUUUCUUCCAUUCUUUCUUUUUCCAUCUUAUCUUUCUCUUCUCCUCGUUCAAUCUCACAUUCUCUAUCUUUAUUAAUUUGCUUCUUCCUCUAUUUUCUUCACUCUUUUCUUCAUUCUUUCUUUCAUUAUUUUAUGUUUUUAAUACGUCUUUCUCUUUUCUCCUUCCCUCUCUUUUCUCCUUCCCUCUCUUUUCGCCUUCCCUAUCUUUUCUUCUUUUCUCUCUUUUCUCCUUUCCUCUCUUUUCUCCUUUUCUCUCUUUUCGCCUUCCCUAUCUUUUCUCCUUCCCUUUCUUUUAGCCUUCCCUUUCUUUUAGCCUUCCCUUUCUUUUUGACAUUCCUCUCUUUUCUCCUUCCAUCUCUUUUAUCUUUUCCUCUCUUUUCUCCUUACCUCUCUUUUCGCCUCCCUCUCUUUUCUCCUUCCCACUCUUUUCGCCUUCCCUCUCUUUUCGCCUUCCCUAUCUUUUCUCCUUCCCUCUCUUUUCUCCUUCCCACUCUUUUCUCCUUCCCUCUCUUUUCACCUUCCCUAUCUUUUCUCCUUCCCUUUCUUUUCGCCUUCCCUCUCUUUUUGACUUUCCUCUCUUUUCGCUUCCCUCUCUUUUCUCCUUACCUCUCUUUUCGCCUCCCUCUCUUUUCUUCUUACCUCUCUUUUCGCCUUCCCUCUCUUUUCGCCGUCUCUCUCUUUCUCCUUCCCUCUCUUUCCUCUUUUCAUCUCUUUUCGCCUUCCCUCUCUUUUCGCUUUCUCUCUCUUUUCUCCUUCCCUCUCUUUUCUCUUUUCCUCUAUUUUCGCCUUCCUCCUCUUUUUGCCUUCCCCCUCUUUUCUCCUCUAUCAUAA